AUGGACGCCAACAGUUCUGGUCGAAGCACCGACUCCAGCACCUCGGCCGCUGAAACAGCCAUCCUGCCCCCACCACCAAUAUUCAAGCCAACGUUUGUCCAGAUGCAAAGAAGCAGCUCCUCGUGCAACAUCUCGCCAACAGGGUCUGCUAGCACGUCUCCAAAGAUGGGCAGUUCCAGCAACUCCAGCUACCUGACGUCGUCGUUUGUUUCGAACGAUGAAUACAAGAACCGGCUGAUUCGCCAAUCGCCGUCGAUCUCGCCUAUGAUGUACGCUAUCGACGUCCCGUCGCCAGGACCAACCAGCCCGGCGCAGAGCAGCAGCAGAAAACGGCGCAAGUCCUCGGUGACCAGCAAAGAGGACAUGGAGCGCAAGAAGAAAGAGCUGAAGAACCAGCAUUCGAUAAUCGAGAAGAAGCGGCGCAUCAAGAUGAACAGGGAGUUCGAGGCACUCAAGUUCCUGGUGCCUGCGUGUCGACUCAACAUUCUGAGUGGUCUCAACGAGAACAACUUCGACAACUCAAACAUGAUGCACAAGCUAACGAUUUUGCAGAGCACGGUGGAAUACAUCAAAUAUCUUCAUCUUGUGGUCAAGCUGUUGAAGCUUCAGAUGCUCACGCCAGCAAGCACGCGCUCGUACUUCCAAAAAUGGCUUGCGAAAAACGACAACCUCAAGUUCGUGGACUUCGAUCUCGACCUGCAGUCUUAUAGAAAGAUAGACAACGACUUCAGCUUCGAGGACGCGUUUAUGCGGGUAUGGAGAAACAACGGUGAUAUGCCGUUUGAGGACCUCGACGCGGUUUCAAGGGAGAUAGAAAAUCUGCUCACUCAGGACAGUGACGGCAACGAAGCUCCGGCCGAUUUGCCAGACAUAAGAAAUUUAUCAGAUCAGCUACCGACACAGCUGCCCAGCCCAAUUAUUACUCCCGACAUCAGCCGCAAUUCCAGACUGCCUUCGUCCGUUCGGCAUUUUUCCUCGAUCUCGACAUCAGAACGUAGCCAAGUCUCGUCGAACACUAAAUUCAAGCUACCGUUGCCAGCAAUCGUGGACGAGAAGGUGGCUAAUAUGGCAAGGACUGGGGACGAGAUGGGAGAGAUAAAUGCAUCGAAAGUGUUGAUGCUUUUGAAGAGCGAUGAAAAACGAACAAGUAUUGAGAGUUUACUGAAUUAA